AUGAAUGACUUGCGCACCCUCAUCGGGACGUGUGAUAGGGAGAUGUUCGGCGUCGCAUGGGGAAAGGUGAAUUUUGUGAAGCGUGACUGGUGGAACGAGGACUGUGCCGCUGUGCGGAAUGAUAUGAUGAGUUUCCGUAAGGAGAUCAGGGACCCCGUCUCGGGCAAGCUGCCGGACAUUCAUAGGGCUACCUGGAAGGCCAAGCACCGUGUCUUGAAGAAGGCUACUAGGAAGACAGCUAUUCAGGACGAGGGUAUACAGUUUAAAUGGCAGGAUGAGGACCGGGUGAUGCACCGACGGGAAUUGGUUGCUUGGCUUAACAAGGAUUCUACGGAGGGCGAAAUUGUUAGCGGUCUCAAGGCUAUGCGCAACAUAGCCUGUCCGCUUGCCCUUAGGGAUCUUGCUUCCGGGGAGGACGUAACCAGGGUGCAGAGGAACGAAGGUGAACGUGAUAAUGCAGUGACAUACAGCUAUAAUAUAAAAGUUAAUAGGCUAACUGUCGACAAAGCACAGCGUCGCCGCUUCACGGACAUCGACUUGCCUGACUCAUUUGUGAGGGCAAGGUGCGACUUGCGGCAACUCAUUUUUUUGAGACGACUGCUCAUUGGAGUUGCCCAAGACCUUCCAGAUCGACCGCAUUCCACCUGGCAACGAGAAUCUCUGCGUACACCACAUUUUCAACUCUCCAAGACCCCAGUGCGAUGUUGCGUCGGCGUGAAGCAAGGGCCCCCAUUGUCAACGCUUCUAAUCAACACAGUCAAGCUCACAUCGUCUUCCGCUGCCGCGAGCCUGGGCGAGGACUUCCAACAGGACAACACCUAUCGGCGCGACGAGCAUCACAGGCGUCGCCACCGCCGUACAUCGCCGUCAUGUGUGAGAAUCGAGCCUGGGCGAGGACUUCCAACAGGACAACACCUAUCGGCGCGACGAGCAUCACAGGCGUCGCCACCGCCGUACAUCGCCGUCAUGUGUGAGAAUGUGCGGCUGGGGCAUCAACCUGUGCGCCCCAGUGGCACCGAGCGGGCGUUGCUGAUGAUGGACCCGGCUGAGGUGCACUGCUGGGUGCAAUUCCUCCGCACCCAGCUGCACCCAGCCGGGCGCCGCCGCUGCUGGCCAGUUGGCUGGCGGCGGCGGUGA